UUUAGCUAAUUCAGGCAGAUGUUUUAUUUCUAGAGUAGGGUUGGUUUAAAUAUAUUGAUUUGUUUGAAAUGUCAAACAUCAACUAUUUAGAUUUUUCUAUUUGCAUAUUGCGGAUGGUAUUGAGGUGAAAUGUUGUCAGAGUGCCUGAUUGAAAUGCGGAUUUUGAUUUGGAUAGAUAGUAAUUUUCAUAUUUUCCAAACAUAGCCUACCUCAGGGUGAUCAUUUUAGACACAUUCCAGGGAAUGACAGGUCCAGAAACUCACACGCACCAACUGCCACACCAAGUCUCCAAAUGGCAAACAGGCGAUGAUGUAAUCUUGAAAUGUUUUGAUUGAGCGAUGGAAAUUUGGCGAGGAGAGAGAAAAGAGAGAGAGAGCGGGAGAGACUUUAGGGAUUUACGGUACUGUCGUGACACAGUAGCCUAGCUGUGGACUAAUGUGCCAUAAGAAAACAAUGGACGCCUACCUUUAACACAGAAACGAUUUGAGUCGUUUGGAAUUUCUCGGGAAAAGUGACUGACUGUUUGAUGUGUCACUAUUUCGAAAACCGUUGUGGAAUCGGACGCACAUGCAGUCUCUUUAUUUUGGAUGUCAUUUUCCAUAGUGGACAGAUAAAAUGUAGGUACAGUCAGCAACGGAUUUGACAGACGCACUUGCAACCUUAUAUUCAAACCUUGCCCAUGCUCCAGCCUUCUUUGUCGGUGUGCACACACAGCACACCGGGUUAGUUCUCCCUGCGGUCAGUCUUUACCUGCCCGGUGCUGAAGAGCGAGUCGGAGGGGCUACAGAUUACAGCGCAGAGAUGAGCUCGGGCAGAUGACCGCCACAUUCUCCGAUGGUCCUGCGCGAGUCAGCGGUAUCCGUUUUUUGUGAACGGACCACAAUAAUACAAAAACAUAAACUGUAGGAGCCUAGGCUACAACCUUUCUAAAGAUUCUUGGAUAUUCUAUCAAUGGAUUUAUUAUAUCUUGAGGAAUCUCAGAGUUCUGGGUGUGCGGGCUGUUUGGGACGUUGCAUGUAUCCUGGUAUUUCAUAAUCGUGUUGCCCAUUUGGAGAGAGUUCGUCUUUGAACUACCAUGGCCAGCGUGAAUAACUCAACGAAUCGGCGGGACAGUGACAUCCAGAAAAAGAUAGACCAUGAGAUCCGGAUGCGUGACGGGGCCUGUAAGCUGCUGGCUGCCUGCUCCCAGAGAGACCAGGCCCUGGAGGCAGCCAAGAGCCUGCUCACCUGCAACACCCGCAUCAUGGCCUACAUGUCAGAGCUGCAGAGGAUGAAGGAGGCCCAGGUCAUGCAGAGGGUCGCACAAAGGUCAUCAGACGCAGGGCCCAUGGACGACAGACUACCCUGUAAGGGAAAGGUGGCCAUCUCAGACCUGCGGAUCCCACUCAUGUGGAAAGACACCGAGUACUUCAAGAACAAAGGAGAGCUGCAUCGGUGUGCAGUGUUCUGUCUGCUCCAGGUGGGAGGGGAGAUUCACGACACAGACAUGGUGAUGGUGGACCGAACACUCACCGACAUCUGCUUUGACAACACCAUCGUCUUUAGCGAGGCCAGCCCUGGCUUCGAGCUGCGAGUUGAGCUGUACAGCUGCUGUUCGGAGGAGGACUACUCGGCAGGGAGCACGUCCAGGAAACUAGCCAGCAAACUGAGCAGCUCUCUGGGCCGCUCGGCAGGAAAAAAGCUCCGUGUUGCCAUGGACCCUGGAGCCUGCAGCCCCACCAGCAAUGGAGGGGGAGCCACACUACUGCUACCUGUACCUACAGUGGCGGGACCUAAGUACCACCUCCUGGCCCACACCUCCCUGUCACUGUCACAUGUCCAGGACAGCUUCCGCACUCACGACCUCAGCAUCUCAGGCAACGAGGAGUGUCCGUACUGGGUGCCUCUCUACGGCAGCAUGUGUUGUCGUCUGGCUGCUCAGCCUCACUGUAUGACCCAGCAGAUGAUGAGCGGCUGCUUGAAGGUCAAGCUUCUCUGUCUCUCAAAGCAGUUGGGAGGUGACCCUCAGAGUUGGACCAAUGUCUACGGCGUCCUUAAAGGGACAAACCUUUUCUGUUACCACCGGCAAGAGGAUAUGGAGGCUAACGUCGAGCCAGCCUUUACCAUUGCCAUCAACAAAGAGACGAGAAUACGUGCGUCAGAGAAGGACCCCCACAUUAAGGCCCAGAGCAUCUGCAUCAGUAACCAGUACGGGGGAGAGGAGGUGACACAUACACUCUCGGCAGACAGUCGCGAAGAGACACAGCGUUGGAUGGAAGCCUUCUGGCAACAGUUCUAUGACAUGAGCCAAUGGAAGCAGUGCUGUGACGACUUGAUGAAGAUUGAGCUGCCAUCACCCCGGAAACCAGCCCUUGUCACGUCGAAACAGGGUUCUCUUUACCACGAAAUGGUUAUUGACACCUCUGAUGACAUCAGCACGGUGACGGACAUCCUGACACGGCGGAUGCAGGAGCUGGAGCUGAGGAGCCAGCUGGGGACCUCUCCUCCCUGGAUGUCCCUGUUCGAGGAUUCUCCUGGUGGCACCCGCACCCCUCGGCUGGCCCGCCACAGCCCCCGCUCCCCCCACCGCCUCCCCCACAGCCCACUGAGCCCCCUGCGCUGCCCUUGGCCCGGCCUGCUCUCCUCAGAUGCCAGCCUGACCUCGGACAGCGACAGCCCCUGCAGCACCAGCCCCUGCUUCCGCCACCACGGCUGGGCCGAACCCCUCCCCCUCUCCUCCCCCUCCUCCCACUUCCGCCCCCGCACCCUCUCCCUGGACGCCAAGCUCAGCACUCUCAGGGGAAGGGGGUAUGUGGGGGUGUUACAGUGCUCCUGUCAGCCCCCUUCCUCCUCCUCCCUCGCCCCCAUCCCGGACCAAUGCGUCCCCCAGGCCACCCUGUCCUGCUCCAGCUCCACCUCCAGUAACGGCUCCAGCGAGGGCAGCCACAGCCCUUCCUCAUUGGAUGGUACCCCUUUCUCACGCCCCUCCUCAGCCCGCCGGAGCCUCAGGAACCUGAGAGCCAAACUGGACCCCCGAAAUUGGCUCCAGAGCCAGGUAUAACCCACCUCAGACCCCCACUCAUCUAAACCGCCUCCAGAGCCUGGGAUAAUCCACCUCAGACCCCCAGAUCAUCCAAAGUCCUGGUAAGAAGUGGCAGGAAGGAAGCCUGUCCCAGUCCCUCAGUUGAGAGAGCCCUGGUAUUAACUGGAAUGACUUUAGACUAAGGACAGGAGACAUUCUGCAUCCAGGUCUUCACUGGGCUGUGUGAGUGUCAGUGGUCCACAGAACAUGGGAGUCUUCUGCUUGCCUUUCUAAUGGUAAUGCUGGUUAGGAAAUUGAAGAGAAAAUGUUUUUUGUUGAUAUACACGCAAUAUCUCUAGGCUAUGCGCAUUUGAAAUCUCCAACUGAAAAGGGCAGCAUCUGUCAGUCAAAGACUAGAGCUUCCUCGUCAGUCAUCCAAGCCAUACACCCCUCAAUAGGAACAUGAUUUCAUAGCACCGUGUUAGUUCAGCUGCAGUAUUUACUUACUGUAUGUGCUGUAUUUGGGUUUGCAGUGUUUGGGCAGGGCAGUGAGCAUGUGGCCAAGUGAAUUGUCAGUGUAUGGGAAUGUUUAGUGUACUCAUUUGAAAUGUUGAAGUGUCUAUAUGUGGUCAUGGGGUUGUUGUUGUUGUUGUUGUUGUUGUUGUUGUUACCUGUACCACAAAGGCUCACUGAUUUAUCCAAAUGGCUAGACCCAUCACCUGUAAUAUGAAUUCAUGCCUAGAAGGAACAAGUAUACUUAUGCACCGAUUUGCUUAUUGCAAGUCAAAGAAUGCGUUGCUGGAGAUCUUAACUGCUCAGAAGGUGAAUGAAUUGAAAGCUCAACUUAAUGCAACAGUUCUCCUAUUAAUUUACUGUACUACUUGUUACUACUGUGAUAACAUCAGGGUCACAUCGAGCUUCUGCAAGGUUCCUACAACCUCCCCUGUAUUCAUUAACACAUCGUAGGCCAACUACACACCAACCAAUAUUUAUGUAAUUAUAAUGAAUUGAUGUAAGCCAAAGGUAAUGUACUACAUAAACAUGAGAACCCAUAUUAACUCGUGUUACACUGCCUCAUUGCAGUAUUGCAUGCAAAUGUACUGACUUUGAAAUCCGGGCCGGCCCCUACAGUUAAGUUGUAGGCCUGGAUGGUUUUGGAAUGGAGAGGCAUAGUCUGUGGAUGUCCUUGUCAAUCUUAAAAUGCCCCCACUAGCAGGCAAGGAUUUCCUCACAACGAUACUCUGUUGAUGAAACCAAUACUCUACAUGGAGAACAGUGUUGCGAGGUGGUUUAAACCCCAUGCUACAGCUCUUCUCAGGUCCCAUUGAAAUUGUCUAUUCAAGUGUAUUUCAAUGUCAUCCAGUUAGGUUGGCAAAUGUUAUCUAUUUGAGAACAUAGAACCUGGGAAUGCACAUACAUGGGUGAAGAGUUUAGGAAUCCCAUCUCUGACCUCGUUGAUUUAUAGCGUAGAUUGUGGUACAGUCAUAACCUUAUGUCCUGCAAGCCAGUCCCAGAAUUUUGCUGCAAUAAAAUAUAUAUAUAUAUAUAACGUCACAAUCGAUUAUGCAAGUAGGCAAUACAGGAACUAUUGAUCUAUAGCAAAUAUUGUGUUUAGCUUUUUCUUAAGAUAGAUAGUGCAGUCUUUUACCUGAUAAGAAAUGCAAAGCAGGUGAUUGUAGUAGUUGUUAAAUGAUGAUAAGGUGGGCAGGGGUAGGUGUGGUUGGCCCCCCUGGUCUAUGCAGUGAAGCCCUCCAUGUUUCUGUGUUUAAAGGACUGUAGGCUAUGACAUGUUACUGUGUUCCAAGGGCUCACAGCUGGCUCACUCAGUUUUCCUCAUUAAAACAACUGUAAAUGCUUCAAAGUGGCAUUUGUUACUGUAAAGUUUUUUGUAAGUUAACAAAACACUUCUUUCUCCUUUCUUUUUGUUAAAAUAUAUUUAACAUGAUUGAUUUUGUUAUAAAUACAGCUAUAUUUAUAUAUUAUUUUAACAGAUGAUUUCAGAUCUAUAACUGUGUCCGGUAGAUAACGUUGAAUGUUAACCAUGCAAGAGUGUCCUGUGUUGUUUAAAUAUGUAACAUAUCGAUAAUAAAUGAUUUAUCAAUU